AAAUGCACGAUUGAAUGAAGAUUUUCGCUUGACAGACCGUCGAAGAACGUUUUCGAAGUGAAGGAGCGAACAAAAGAAAAAAAUGAACAAUCAACAAAAAAUUGGUGUCGUGUAAGUUCACUCGUCCCUCACUCAACGAUCGAAGACACUUCCUCCGCAAAACUUACGUGACUCGUGAUUUUUAUUCUUUUUUGUCGUCAAAAGAAGAAAUCUUUUUCCAUYACGUACUUCACACAUUUUCCAGUUGCGGAAGUAUUCAUUGAUCAACUGCAAUAUCUAACAGCCAUACCUUUUCAGAACAGCAAACCCAAUCAUGAAGUUUCUCGGUAAGUAGAGMUAUCGUGUGGAAUCUAUUUCCUGUUUUCGUUGCCGAAAACGUGACAACAUCACAGCAUGCGUUGAGACUUAAAUUUUGAUGUCAGCCGAUGAUAGAAGCAACUGUGCGACUGUCCUUGGUCAGACAAAGCAGCAUUUCGAAUGAAAGGGUUCAUCAUCCCAUCUCUCACCUUUCGUUUUACUCUGGUUUGACCCAACGGCGAUCUCGAUCUGAUGAUUGUUGUGUCCAUCUAAUACCCGAUAAUGGCGAAAUUGUCAUCUCGGCGCGCCUUUUCACGUCUAGGUUGUGUCGGUAUCCUAUCGUCGUUGAUGGCCUCCUCGGUAGUCACGGCGAAAGUAACUCGCAUCGCUCUACACAAACGCUCCAAUGAGGAUAUGGUUGCUGCCCACUUGAAGCGAGAGCGUGAUGGGCUCUACGAAGCCUUGCACCUGGGCAAAACCGACGCUACCACCAACAGUCGCAACCUUCGAGCUGGUGAAGGAUCUGUCGCUCUGAAAGAUAGUGAAUCGGUAGUCAUUAAGGACUAUGCCAAUGCCCAAUACUUUGGGGUNCAUGUUAGAGUUCGAGAUAAAUGCACGAUUGAAUGAAGAUUUUCGCUUGACAGACCGUCGAAGAACGUUUUCGAAGUGAAGGAGCGAACAAAAGAAAAAAAUGAACAAUCAACAAAAAAUUGGUGUCGUGUAAGUUCACUCGUCCCUCACUCAACGAUCGAAGACACUUCCUCCGCAAAACUUACGUGACUCGUGAUUUUUAUUCUUUUUUGUCGUCAAAAGAAGAAAUCUUUUUCCAUYACGUACUUCACACAUUUUCCAGUUGCGGAAGUAUUCAUUGAUCAACUGCAAUAUCUAACAGCCAUACCUUUUCAGAACAGCAAACCCAAUCAUGAAGUUUCUCGGUAAGUAGAGMUAUCGUGUGGAAUCUAUUUCCUGUUUUCGUUGCCGAAAACGUGACAACAUCACAGCAUGCGUUGAGACUUAAAUUUUGAUGUCAGCCGAUGAUAGAAGCAACUGUGCGACUGUCCUUGGUCAGACAAAGCAGCAUUUCGAAUGAAAGGGUUCAUCAUCCCAUCUCUCACCUUUCKUUUUACUCUGGUUUGACCCAACGGYGAUCYCGAUCUGAUGAUUGUUGUGUCCAUCUAAUACCCGAUAAUGGCGAAAUUGUCAUCUCGGCGCGCCUUUUCACGUCUAGGUUGUGUCGGUAUCCUAUCGUCGUUGAUGGCCUCCUCGGUAGUCACGGCGAAAGUAACUCGCAUCGCUCUACACAAACGCUCCAAUGAGGAUAUGGUUGCUGCCCACUUGAAGCGAGAGCGUGAUGGGCUCUACGAAGCCUUGCACCUGGGCAAAACCGACGCUACCACCAACAGUCGCAACCUUCGAGCUGGUGAAGGAUCUGUCGCUCUGAAAGAUAGUGAAUCGGUAGUCAUUAAGGACUAUGCCAAUGCCCAAUACUUUGGGGUKGUUGAAAUCGGUACCCCGCCCCAAUCCUUUGAGGUGAUUUUCGACACGGGAUCUUCCAACCUGUGGGUGCCAAAGGUUGGAUGCACUCACUGCGGACUUCCCUUUAUCUCGCACAAGAGCAAGUAUGACGAUUCCAAGAGUUCAACAUACGAAGCGGAUGGAGAAGACUUCGAGAUCAUGUAUGGAAGYGGAAGUGUGAAGGGUUUYUUUUCGAAAGACCAGGUCACCCUUGCGCAAGAUAUAACCAUUGACGAGKUGGAAUUUGCCGAAAUUACCGACGCGGGUGGUCUCGGUAUGGCUUACAGUGUUGGGAAAUUCGAUGGUAUCCUUGGAUUAGGUUUCACGUCCAUUAGUGUUGGAGGUGUCCCGACCGUUUUCGAGGAAGCCAUCAAGCAAAACAAGGUCGAUCAACCCAUUUUUGCAUUUUACUUGGGAGACAACAGAGACGGCGAAUUGACCUUUGGUGGAUAYGAUUCAUCAAAGUUCGAAGGUGAYCUCGAGUACGUGAAGUUGGAAUCCGCAACUUACUGGGAAAUUACGCUUGAUGCUAUUGCAGCRGGAGACUACAAGACUGAUGAAAGYACUACCGCGAUUGUCGAUUCUGGAACCUCGUUGAUCACCGGGCCAAAGGCUGAGGUGGCCAAGUUGGCGCAAUCUAUGGGCGCAACUGCAAAUUUCAUGGGAGAAUACACCAUYGAUUGCGCCAAGGUUCCCGAUUUGCCAGACGUUGUCUGGACCAUUGGAGGAAAGGAAUACACAAUCCCUGGACCAGCUACCGUGAUUCAGGCACAAAGCACGUGUUUGUUCGCAUUCAUGCCUUUGGACAUUCCUACCGGCCCCAAAUGGAUUUUGGGCGAUGUCUUUAUGCGACAGUACUACACAGUCUUCAACUACCUUGACCAGACGGUUGGUUUUGCGAAGGCAAAGUAAACAARCUGUUUGCAGUUUCCACGYGAAGUAUUAUUGAAUAUCAUUAUGAUUUCGGAACAGCGCGMAACAGAACAACCGGAAAACGUUGAUACCCCGAGCUCAGUCUGAAUGGAUUACUAUUUAUAUUCAAUAAGCAUGAAUUAUAGUG